AAAAAACUCCAAAGAUGAAGCAGAAACUUUAAACCUGAAUAAUGACGUGUUUUAUUUUGUCAUCCUCACUGUGACGACUCCUGACUCCUGCUGCUCCACGUCAUCUUCUCACCUCACUGACACAUUCUGACCAAGACCACAACCUCCACAGUCCCACACCAGCAGGAACAGUCUGUGGAUGUGGACUCCAGCAGCAGCCGUGUGGUGGUGAACAGACAGUGUUUCCAGGAGAAACUGAUCCAGCAGCUGCUUCAGGAUCUUCAGGGAGGUUCAGGAGGUUCAGGAUCUUCAGGAGGAACCUCAGAGGAGCUCAGACAGUCAGAGACUGAGAGCAGAGACCAUGGACCAGGAGAUGAAGAUCACUGACAGCAUUGAAGACAAAGGUCUUCUGGAGAGCAGUGUGCGUCUGAAGCCUCAUGAAGCUCAGAGUUACAGGAAGAAGGUUCUGUGGGUUUCCUGGUUCUCCAUCGUCAUCACUAUCAUCCUCGCCGUCGCUGCUUUCACUGUCUCCAUCAUGCGUCACAGUGCGUCAGCGUUUGGUUUCGCUUUUGACGCCACGCUGGACGUGUUGUCCUCCAUCAUCGUGUUGUGGCGUUACAGCAACGCUGCAGCCGUCCACUCUGCACACCGUGAAUACAUAGCCUGCGUCAUCCUCGGCGUCGUCUUCAUCCUGUCGUCCCUGUGCAUUCUGGGUAAAUCCAUCCAUGACCUGGCUACCAGGCUUCUGCCCGAAGUGGACGACUUCCUGUUCAGCGUGUCCAUCAUCAGUGGUUUGGUGUGUGUGGUCUUGGCUGUGAUGAAGUUCAUGUUGGGGAAAGUUCUCACGAGUCGAGCUCUCCUCACAGACGGAUUUAACUCUCUGGUGGGAGGAGUCAUGGGCUUCUCCAUCCUCAUCAGUGCUGAGGUGUUCAAGCAUGAACCCAUGGUGUGGUACCUGGACGGGACAGUAGGGGUCCUCAUAGGCCUCGUCAUCCUCGCUUAUGGAGUCAAGCUGCUGGUGGACAUGGUUCCACGAGUUCUACAAACCAGAAACUACGAGCGUUUUGAGUGACGAACAGAACAGAGAGAGAGAGAAGGAGUGACAGAGGGACGGUCCCCACACUGUCUCCACAGACAGUCACUGUCAGUCCUGCAGCUGCCACUGGAGGCGCCAGUGAGCCCAGGAUCCAGAAGGACGACGACUGUGUGGGCGGAGAAAAGUCUUAGCACUUUGUGUUUUACUAUAUUUUAUUAUAUGACUGUAUGUACAAUACCUUUGUUUUCAAACUGUGGAGUAGAGCUGUGAGUGCCCCCUGCUGGGUGGCAAGGAAAAACUGAUUUUAGCCACAAAAUCUACUAUAUUUUACUAUUAGACAGACUUUUGCCGAUGUUAACAUCUAAAAAGAUCUCCCACACCAAAGCUCAUAGAGAACACCAGUGAUUUUAACAUCACAGCACACAGGAGUUGUUGAUCCACUGCUGCCUCCAUCAAAAAGUUCAAAUGUCUUACUUAAAAAAAAAUUCGGCAUUUAUAAUUUUCCGUUCGGAUUUACCCCAGUGACACAAAGUGACCACACGAGGCAGCAGUAGACCAGCAGCUCCUGU